AUGUUUGGAGCUAUAAGACAUCAAAUUCGUAAAUCUUCGACUUCCGCAGCGAUUCGGAAUGACUGGACGCGUGAACAAAUUGGUAAAAUCUAUCAUAUGCCAUUGAUAGAGCUUGUUUUCAGAGCGGCUACAGUACAUCGACAAUUCCAUGAUCCUCGUAAAAUACAACAAUGCACGCUUCUUUCCAUCAAGACAGGUGGCUGCACUGAAGACUGCAAGUAUUGCUCUCAGUCUUCCCGUUACAGCACCGGUGUCAAGGCUUCAAGGUUGAUGAAAGUGGAAGAUAUCAUGGAAAAGGCUCAUAUUGCAAAAGCCAAAGGCAGCACGCGUUUCUGUAUGGGAAGCGCUUGGCGUGAUUUGAAUGGUCGAACCCGCACAUUUAAGAAUAUCUUGGAGGUCAUCAAACAAGUCCGUGCUUUGAACAUGGAAGUAUGUGUCACUCUAGGCAUGUUGGAUGAACAUCAAGCUAAAGACCUUAAAGAUGCUGGAUUAACCGCUUAUAACCAUAAUCUGGACACUUCUCCCGAAUACUACCCCAAGAUUAUCUCGACUAGGUCGUAUGAUGAACGUUUGAAUACUAUUGAUAAUAUUCGCAAGGCCGGAAUCAAGGUUUGUAGUGGUGGUAUUUUAGGUCUUGGUGAAAAAGAACAAGACCGUAUUGGCCUCAUCCAUUCUUUAGCCAACAUGCCAUCUCAUCCUGAGUCUGUUCCUAUUAAUGCUCUCGUCCCCAUUCCUGGAACUCCCAUUGGUGACAUGGUCAAGAAACCAGUCGGCUUUCACUCCUUCCUCCGUGCCAUUGCUACUGCACGUAUUUGCAUGCCCAAAACCAUUAUUCGAUUUUCCGCUGGCCGUACUCAGUUUUCUGAAACGGAACAAGUGAUGGCUUUUAUGGCUGGUGCCAAUUCUGUAUUUACCGGCGAAAAGAUGCUCACCACUCCUUCUGUUACCUGGGACCAAGACAGCCAAUUGUUCCACAAAUGGGGUUUCCAUAAUUUGGAAAGCUUCGAGUAUGAUGAAGGAGCUGAAGAACCAAACUUUACUCUUCCUCCCAAAAACCGUUUUCGCCCCGACCAUGCUGAAGCUUUGAAGGCCGCGAGACCCCAACUAGAAGCUCAAGGAUUGGCCAUGUAA